AUGGCAUUUAAUUUUACAAAAUUUGAUAUCUUUAUUAGACUUGCGGUGAAGACAAUUUUUUUCGGGGCUGUUUGGAUGGCUCCAUUAUUGGUUAAAGUUGAUCGAUGCGAAACAGCCAGGCAAGGAGCUACCAGAAUGAGAUGUCAAUGUAAAGAAAUUGAUCUCCAAAAUAUUCUAUCCAUGGUUAUAGGAGGCCUAGGGGAGCCUAUAGGAGGAGUAAUAGCUUUUAUUUUUGUGGAUUGGAUUGGGCGGAGAAAGUCUCUUAUCUUAGGAUUAUGUCACGAAUUUGAAAUAACAAUAUCUAAACCAAAAAUCUAUCCGACAAAAUUUAGAGCAAUUGGUCUCGGGGCUGCUACAUCAUUCGGUGGACUUGGCAAUAUUUUAUCAAUAUUUCUAGGCCAAGUACUGUUUGCGACUUCUGAUAUCGCUGUUUUAGUUGCAUUCGCCAUAAUGGCAGCUCUAACAAUUAUUUUCUGCUUAAUGAUACCAGCUGAAACAAAGGGAACUUUGUUAAAAGUUAGUUGA